AUGUCUGGAACUCCUUCAACGUCUUCUGUCUUCCUCCCCGCUUGGCCUACACGUCGUACCGAUGCCAAUAUGUAUCCAAAUGGGUCCCAAAAACUCGACGAGCUCGUCCUCCACGACUACAAUCUCGAGGAGAUUCCGAUUCGAUAUCAUGUCGAGCAGCCAGUUGAGCAAUACGAUCCACAGAACAUCCGAAAAUUGGAUUUGACUCAUAACUCAUUUGUGGUCCUUCGCGGGCUGCAAACUUUCUCGAAUGUCUCGUUUUUGGAUGUCUCAUUCAAUUCACUUUCAGCACUUCCAGAAGAAAUUGGGACGUUGAGAAGUUUGACAACCCUCAUCGCUCGCAACAACCUCCUGGAACACCUUCCAAAGGGAAUGCAACUUUUGGAGAAUAUGGAACAUUUGUAUUUAUCUGGAAAUCGUCUGGAAUACUUCCCACCAGUUGUUCUAACCCUCAGAAAACUGAAGACUCUGCAUUUGGGUGGAAAUUAUAUCGACUCGUGUCCAUCCAAUAUUUCCGUUUUGACUUCAUUGACCGUCCUGUACUUCGGUGGCAAUCGUCUUCGUGAGAUUCCCGCUUCAAUUGGUACCCUCGAGAAUUUGGAGAAUCUGGGACUGUGUGAUAAUAUUUUGGAGACAAUUCCAUCUACUUUGGGAGACUUAAACUGGCUCGAGACACUGUCUCUUCACAACAACAAGCUUCGAACUCUGCCAACGGAUAUUCUGAAUCUCCGACGUCUUCAACAGCUGUCCCUGCGUAAUAAUCCUCUUGUCCAUUCGUUCGUUCAUAAUAUGGAUUUGUGUCCGCCGUCGCUUAAAGAGCUAACCGGGAGGAUUGUCCGGCAGAAUAUGACUCCAGAGAUGGUUGAAUUUAUUCCAACCGAUAUCAUCGAAUACCUAAAUUCCGCGUGUCAAUGUGUCAACCCGGAAUGCAAAGGCGUCUAUUUCGAUGCUCGUGUGGAGCAUGUGAAAUUUGUGGACUUCUGUGGAAAGUAUCGUGUGCCUUUAAUGCAGUUCUUGUGCUCUGCGAGAUGCUCCGCCGGAAUUCCGUCAGUACCGUACGACACAUCUUCUGAAUCCGAAGAGGAAAUCGAGCCAAUUAUGAGGAGAGUACUGUUGGGUUAG